UAAUAUUUUUCUUUUUCCGUAAACUGAAAGGUUCCCUCUUUGUACAAAUUGUUCAUUUCAAGUUUGCAGCAAGCCAUGAUAAAGACUGGACGUGGAGGAAGAAAACAGGGAAAUACUACAUUCGAAGACAGUGAUGAAUCUUGGAUUCUCAAACCUGUCGAUGAACAUGAAGACUAUCAUCCUCUUGCUCUGGAAUUAGAUUCUGAUUACUCACUCUCACUCUCUUCCACUUCCCAGACACAGACAGAGAUUCUCCAACCCAACAUCAUCAGUAAAGGGGUUUCCCUCCUAGAUUUUCUCCGCACAACCUCCAAAAACAGCCAGAAAUCCAAGUGGGUGUCCAGGAAUCGGCAUGCCAAUGUUGUCAAACCCCAAUUUGUGAAGAAAUCCGAGGUGGGUUCUUCAAAUUCUGAGGUGGGUAUUUUGGAAAGUGAAGUGGGUUCCAUGAGUGUUAGUGAAAGAUUAAAUAGGGAACAUGAAAAUGGGGAGCAAGAGAAGCAAGAAAAAGAAGGGAAGGAAGGAGAUGGAAAUGGUUUGGCAUCAGAGAUUGAGGUGAGAGAAGAUGGAAUUGAGCAAAUGCUCGAGUCCAGCAAGGAAGUGGAUGAUAAUGAUAUUUCCAGUAGGUUGGAAGGGUUGCAGAUGGGUCUUGAAGAGCCAGAGUUGUCAGAAGAGCAGCUAAAAAUCAAUGAUCUGUCACAGGAGGAUGAGCUACUUGCUAUGGAGUCCAUUUAUGGAGAGAAUGUCUUCAUCCUCGACGACAGACAGAGCGGUCUUCGAACUUUCCAGAUUCAUAUACACAUUGAAGUUCCCAGUGAAAUUGCUGUUACUGCAAAGCUGAAUUCUUCUGGUGAUCUUAAUAAUACCAUAAGCAAUAGUUCAGAUGGCUAUUCAUACUCAUUCAAAGUUCAGCAUCUGCCACCAAUUGUGUUGACAUGUUUAUUACCUAAAUCAUACCCCAGCCACUUACCGCCGUGUUUUACAUUAUGCGUUCGAUGGCUGGAUCCAAUUAGGAUUUUGAAUCUUUGCUCCAUGCUAGACUCCAUAUGGAAAGAACAAAUUGGCCAGGAGGUGAUAUACCAAUGGGUGGAAUGGUUACACGAUUCAUCUCUUUCCCAUCUCGGAUCUGACAGAGAAAUAAUGCUUGGUCCUUAUGGUGAAAGACACAGUGAAGAUAAACGUGCUGUUUCGAAGUGUGUUUCGCCUGAUGUCGAUGUUCCUUUUAUCAGAAGAUACAACGAUGAGAAGCUCCGAGAGAACUUCCAGAGAAACUUGCACGAAUGCUGCAUUUGUUUUAGUGAGUUUGCAGGCACUGAAUUUGUCAGGCUGCCAUGCCUGCAUUUCUUUUGCUUCAAAUGCAUGAAGUCUUAUUCCAACACACAUGUCAAGGCAGGCAUCAUUAGCAAGCUUCAAUGCCCUGGCGAAAAAUGUAUGGGUAUGAUUCCACCCAAUUUGUUGAAAAGAUUGCUUGGUGAUGAAGAGUAUGAGCAGUGGGAGUCUUUAAUGUUGCAAAAAUCACUUGAGUCUAUGCCCGAUGUUGUCUAUUGCCCACGAUGUGAAUCACCCUGCACAGAGGAUGCAGACCAGCAUGCUCAGUGCUCACAAUGUUUCUUCAGCUUUUGUACACUUUGCAAAGAUCGACGCCAUGUAGGUGUUGAAUGCAUGACACCAGAAUUGAAGCUUAAAAUCCUGGAGGAACGACAGAACUCAUCUCAAUUAAAGGAUGACCAAAAGAAAAGGGAACUUGAGAUGAUUAACGAAAUUCUUAGUGUCAAAGAAAUACUCCGUGACUCUAAGCAAUGCCCAGCUUGCAAGAUGGCAAUCUCCCGAACUGAAGGUUGUAACAAAAUGGUCUGUAAUAAUUGUGGCCAGUUCUUCUGCUACCACUGUAAUAAGGCUAUUGAUGGAUAUGAUCAUUACAGCGAGGGAAACUGUAAUCUGUUCCCACAAGAAAUGAUUAAGGGCUGGGAAGAGCGCAUAAAUCCCUACCUGGAUAUGGAUGAAGUUCCAGAUGAACCCUUUGAUGAACUUGUUCGACCAUGCCCUAAUUGUAGACAAUUCAAUGCAAAGGUUGGAAACAAUAAUCACCUAUUGUGCUGAGCAUGUGAAAUCCACUACUGUUACUUGUGCAGAAAGAUUGUGAGGCGAGCUGCUCAGCAUUAUGGACCCAAAGGCUGCAAACAACACACUGUUGGUUAGUUCUCAACACGAUCAAGAAAUCCAUUUUUAAGGUUUGUGUAUAACAGUGGUGGAAACAAUGCAUCAACACUGUAUGCAUAUUGAACCUCAAGCAAUUUAAACACAAAUAAUCGUUGUAACUGUAAGCAAAGUUCAUUUCCCUUUAUAAAAAGGUUCAUUUCCCAAGUGAAUUAAGUUGUUGAAGGUUUAAAGAGUGAUGGAAAGUAUUAGGGAAGGAGUUGAGGGGAGAAAGAUUCCCUCAGUUUUUAUAGUACAUUGUUGGAAGGGCGAAAAAAUAAUAAUGAUAAUAGAAAAAAAAAAAAAUAGAGAAAUGCAUUACGAGAGAAUGUAAAUAAGAUAUGGAGAUACGUUGUGCAUGAGGAUGGCUUGUACAUCAUUAUUUUUCAAUUAUAGUAAGGUGUUUGAAUUUUGAAUGGAAUAUUUUUUAAAUGCCAAAGCAUGUUCAAGCAAUAUUACUAAUAUAUGUUCAAAGGUAGACAACAGGUUUACACUCGUUGCUGGAUAUAUGAUGAGUUUGGAUUCCUUGAGGAUGAAACAAGGAGAUUCGAAAUCUUGUUAUCCACUAAAAAAGGAAAAAGAAAAUAACAGAAGAGAAUAAAAUCUUUGCAUAUUUCUAUGGAAGAUACAACGUGUACAUUUUAGUCUCAUUUUAUAUAUCUUUUAUUUUCUUCAUAAUUUUCAUCUGAAACAAAGUAAAAUAUUUUGGACUUUUGUUUUUCCUUUUUCCUCAUAGAUUCCCAAUUCAACACGACUUCAGAAGAUUGAAAACUUUAAAAUUCUAACAAAAGAAAAAUUGAUGUUAUUCGCAUUCGUAUGGGGAUAAGAAGUGUUUCUUGCAACUGAUACUUAUUAGUUAGCAGCUCCUUCGCUUUCAAAAACGGUUUCCUUUUACUUUGGAUCUGUAAAAUGUUCCCCUCCAAAUUUGUCUCAAUUUAUUCUCACACUUUAAGAGCAUCGCAAAUUCGUCUAAAUUUCUUUCAAAUAUCUUAGCCCCUUUUUCUCUUUCCGAUUGGGGG